UAACCGUACAUCGGCAGAUAGUUAAUUUCUGUCUCAUAAUUUAAGCACAAUUUACCCACUCACUUCAAACAAAACUCUAAAGACUGACCAUGGGCAAGUCCAUUACCACUCUCUUCAGCAAAAAAAUUAGACAUCAGAAGCAAGUGGAGUUCUAAACACAUCACGAAGCUCAAGACUCUUCUGGGCCUCGCCGUUGCUCGCAUCGCGAUCCUCAAGAACAAGCAUCAGACCCGUUGCAGUUUGGCCCAUUCUGAUAUUGUUCAGUUACUCACCUUGGCCCAGUUCGAUCGUGCAGGUUCAUCGUGCAGGUUCAUCGUGCUGAGAUUGUUGUCAGGGAGGAGGACUUGCUCGACGUCUUCGUCAUUGUUCAGUCUUAUUGUCAUCUCAUUAUUGAAAGACUGCUUCUCCUCUUCCGAGGGAAGUACUCUCCUUAAUCUUGAUCACGUUCAUUUGUUAAUGUCGAUACGAAACUGUGCACUAUUCUAGAAUUUGAACCUGAAAUUUUCUGAUACAAGAAUGAAACUCAAAAGGAUGAAAACCCCCCACAGUUGCCUUCCUAGUUAUGUGAUUUUUAGUAUGUAUCAUAGGAAAUUAUAACUUGUGAUGUCAUUUGUUGUUAACUAUAUAGGGAUUGUCCGGAUUAGCUGCAAGAGGCAGUUUCGAGUUCGAUAUAUAUAUAUGUGUCAUCGAGAUCAGCAGAGAUGCCUGAGCUCCAGCGUGUCUGCAGCCUGUUCUCAGCCAUAUUUGGCAGUGAAAUCGUUCGUGCUGCCAUCGAGCUUCGUAGUUGCAGUGUCAAUCCAAAGAUUGUGCAGAAGCUGUCUACCAAGAAGCCGACCCUGGAGAGCAGAGUGAGGAUCGUCGGGGAGAUCGGUGCAGAGAAAGGGAUCACUCUAAAUAUCGAGGACUCGAAAAGCUCUAAGGUGAGUCCAAACUCAACCAAGAACAAUAACACCAGCCAGAAAGAAGAGACAGCGCUUGGUUCAGACAAACACAAAGAAACCAACUCAGAUUCUACGUACUGAUGCAUCCUUUAAAGAAAACAAGCCGAGUAAAUUUGUAUCUUGGGGUUCAACCGAAAACAAUGAAAAGAAUGCUCAGAGCGGGAGUGAAACUGCGAAACAAAGCAACGAGCUCUCGAAUCCUCGGUACCAAAAUGCAAGAAACUGUUUAGGGGAGAGCUUCAAGGGAUUAUUUCAUGAAGGGGCGGGUGAGACUUCAGGAUUAUUAGAUUCAACAGAUGAUGCUGACAUCCUAAAAUCCUACUAUUCUGAAACUACAAGUCCUGGGACUGAAACUGCUGGUAUUGAUUUUACGAAGAAAUCUCCCAUACGAGAUUCGAAGGUACGUAACGAGGAAAAUGGCAGCCUCUGUAAGAACUCGACGAUGAACGCAGAAGUGAAGGAGAGUUUUGCGAGAUUGUUUCCUUUUUCUUCUUAUUUGUUUCCCUCUUCUUCAUUGAAUAUGGAGCAAUAAUGUAAAAUUUUUCCUAUGGCUAGCUAGUCAUGGGUAUAAUACUAGCAUGGAUAUGCUCUGUGCUGAGAAUUUCAUGCAA